AUGUUCUCCUCGAUCUCAUUGGGCGCUCGGGUUCGACCACGUCUAGGUCGUGUGACCACGUCCGCCAGAUGUUUCUAUUCAACAAAGACAGCGUCUUCGCAUUGGGUUCGAAAUGCCGUGGUUGGAGGUCUCAUCAGUGGCCCAGGUCUAUGGUGGGUAACUUCUGGCAACGAUGCACCCAAAGUGCCGGUGUCUGAUGUACCACGGUUAGACACUCCGCCCACGGAUCAUUUGACGUUCGGGCCGGGCCUUUCACCAGACCAGGUGACCCAGAUAAUCUCACAGAAUGCCUAUUCGCUCCCAGUCGCUGGCAUUGCUGGUGUUCAUAGAUACGACGGCACCCAAUGGGCAUCUAAUAGCCCCUGUGAGGAUCGCUUCUUUCAUGGUCAAUUUCCCUCGCCGUGGAAUGACGGGAAACAAUGGAUGGCCUGGGCAGUCUUUGAUGGACAUGCAGGCUGGCAAACAGCAGAAUUAUUGAAACACCAACUGCUCCCCUACGUACGACACAGUCUAGACCAAAUCCGAUCGGAUGAACCAGUCCCGCCAGAGCGCAUCCAAGAAGCUCUUGUCAAAGGGUUCUUGAACCUUGACGCCACUAUUUUCAAGACAGCCGAGGAUGCGUCUCGCAGCAAAGAGCCACUGCAAGACAGAGCCCAAAAGAUGGAACCCGCGUAUGCAGGUUCAUGCGCUUUGCUUUCUAUCUUGGAUUCUACCACGAGUACGCUGCAUGUUGCAUGCACCGGCGAUUCUAGAGCUGUGCUGGGCCAACAAAGACCCAACGGCACCUGGGAGACGAUUCCUUUGUCCGUGGACCAAAGCGGUAGUAACCAAGAGGAGGUUGCCAGGCUGCAUCAAGAGCAUCCAGGCGAAGAGAACAUGGUCAAAGGUGGACGUGUACUAGGCCUGAUGGUGUCCCGGGCAUUCGGGGAUAGUCGGUGGAAAUGGCCCCUAGACUUUCAGAGAGAGAUGCAGAGGCGAUUUUACGGACCGGCUCCUUUGACGCCUCGGUAUGAUGUUCGGACGCCACCAUAUCUGACUGCCGAGCCCGUGGUGACUAGUACAAAGAUCGAUCCUAGUAGGCCGUCUUUCUUGAUCAUGGCCAGCGAUGGCUUAUGGGAUAAUCUAUCCAGUGCGCAGGCGGUUGGCCUGGUGGGCAAAUGGCUCGGAUCGGAGAAGCAGAGCCCGCCAACCCUGGUAGCAACGCCUGCGCCGCAGGACUUUGUCUUUGGGGAGGGAGUAGAAGAGAAAUUUGUAGAGGAGCGGACGACCGUCCAAGAUGAUAAUGCUGCCGUUCAUUUGACUCGCAAUUCUCUGGGUGGGAAUCACCAUGAGCUGAUCGCGGGACGACUGGCCUUCAGUUCUCCAUUCUCUCGGUACGCACGAGACGAUAUAACUGUGCAGGUUGUUUUCUUCCAUGAUCCCCAGCGAUAG